AUGGAGGAACGACGCGAGCGUAGGUGUACGCGCCGCGACCGCCCAGACCCAUCUGUAGGACGCUUUGGCGAGUCUGAGGCUGUUGUCGGCUUCGAUGCAGUUGGACCUUCGGAUGAAUACCAGAUGCCUGUCGUCAUGGCAGUGGACAUGAAUUUCCUUCGCGCUGCCGCAUCCCCUGGGAGAGCGCCUUCGGGUUGCCUCGUCGGGCUUGUCUGCCAGCGGCCUCGAAUCCUCCCUUUCGCCCUCGAUUUCACCUUCGUUUUCGCCAUCCUUUUCGCCACAGCCGUCUGCACUGCCGUCCCAUCUCGUCGGCCUCGUCGACCCGAACCGUUGCUGACCUCGUCGCCUGCCAUCCCGUCGCCUCGAACCGGCCGAAGCCUCUCGUUUGCCUGCCUCGUGCCGCCUGAGCGCUCAUCCUCUCCAUUUCAUAACACCGCCGCCGCCGCCGCCACCUGCGCUUGUUCGCCGGGGGGGAGAGCGCGAAAACAAAAAGAGUUCCCUCGCGUCCGUGGGCUCCCGGUUGGAGUCGCCCCAGUUGCCCGCCCUGGCUACCAGUUCAACGCACCGUCCAGCCCAGCGUACGGCCAUCAUGGCGGCGAAUACGGCCAAGACUACGGCCAGGCGUACGGCCAACCGUCGACGCCCUCUCCGCAACCCGUCUACCAGCAGCCCUCGUACGCGGAGAAUGCCAAUCUGAACAGCGGCUUUCACGACGGCUACGCGAACCGACAAGGCCUCCCCACUUCCGCCCCCGCCCGCAGCGUUCAUCGCGACAGGUUGGCCUUUCUCAAGACCAAGUGGUCGGCCACCUUCAUGGGCGUCACCACUCUCCAGGCCAUCAUCUGCCUCUCGUUCGAGUCGUACGUUUUUGCCAGGUUUCAGACGAGCCUCGGCCCCUAUCAAAACGUCGACAGGGUCCAGUCGCAGUACAAGACCAUCCCGACCUUCCUCACCCUCUUCAUCUUCGGCUUCUUGUACGAGCUCGUCGUCGUCUGGGACGCGCUGCGGAUGAAGAACACGAUUCAGGUCAUCGGCGUCUGCAUCGCGAACCUCGCCCUCCUCGUCUACACCAUCAUUCAGGUCGACCAGAUUCAGACUGCCAUCACGAUCCUCGCCGAGUACAACGCUCUCGCCCCUGGCAUCACCGGCCCCGACCUCUGGAGCGAUGUCAAGGCCUUCCUCAUCGCCAUACCGGCCAUCAUCGCCCUCACUACCGUGUGCAUGGUCUUCAUCGCCUGGAAGCUCUAUCAAGAGUUCGCCUGGGAUAUCCUCAAAAACAUCGGGGCCGACUACCGCAUGAAGAAGCGCUUUCUCCACUACCAGAUCUACAUCGCCCUCCUCAAGUUCGAUUUCUUCUUCUUUCUCGGUUUCAUCAUUCAAUUCGUCGUCGUCGUCGCCCAAAAGUCCGACCCCGAAUUCGCCCUGACGAUUGCCACGAUUCCCAUCACCAUCGGUAUCCUCCUAGCCGCCGCAUACUUCACUCGCAAGGAGAACAAGCUGGGCAUGGUUGUCACCAUCAUCCUCUACCUCGGAGCCCUGUCGUACUUCAUCUUCAAGCUUGUUCGCAUCUACCAGCCUGCCCACCGGGCAUCCUACGAGGCCGUGCGCAAGUCCCUCACCGCCUUUGCCGUCAUCACCAUCCUUCUAAUCAUUCUCACCAUCGCCAAUGCCAUCGUUUGCCUCCAGAACUUUGACAAGGGCCUGAAGGCACACCUGCAACAUUCUCGAAGGGUGGAGGAGAAGCCCGACACCCACUCCAUCAGCUUGCACGACGUGAAGCCCCAGCUCCCGAGCCGGAUGACCAUCGAUUAA